GGAAAAACUGCAAGGUUGAAUGACUGAUGUCACCGCAGGUACAGUAUAAGAGCUGUGGCCAUGCCUUGUCCUCCUGUUCAUAGAUUAGGCCAGUGACCCUCCACAGGAUCAUAUAACCUUCUCAGGAGCUGUACUAGCGUCAGGAGAAGACAUUAGCGAUGGAGUACCAGGCAAAUGUGAUCAGCUCCCAGCCUCAGAUCACAGUCAAAGAGUACACCGUGUCCUCUGGGUUAAUGGAAUGGAGCACAAAUGUGUGCGACUGCUGUGAAGACUGUGGAAUCUGUCUUUGCGCUGCGUUCGUCCCCUGCAUCCUGGCCUGUAAGGUAGCACAGGACAAUGGGGACAGCUGCUGCGUGGCCUGCCUUCCCGGUGCCAUGAUUGCUCUAAGGACGAGCAUCCGCAGCAGAUACCGCAUCAGCGGCUCGGUGUGUGACGACUGGGUUGUUAUGGCUUGCCUGCCUUGGUGUGGACUGUGUCAGAUGGCCCGGGAGCAAAAGAUCAGAGGAUAAACAGACUCCAUAUUUCAACCUCUGAACCAGGAGCAGAUCUGGACACAAACUGUAUCUUAAAUAUCAUAUAUUUAUAUAUAGCAUAUAUAUAUCAUUUUUCAAGAAGAGAAUUAGAAAUACAAGAAAGAAAUAAUUAAAUCGUUCAGUUGACUUGAAUAAUGAACAGCAACAGCAGCUACAGUACUCAGGUUGUGCAGUAACUUUUUCUUUUUCCUAACAUUCAACAAGUUUUUAUAGUGGUAAAUUUAAACACAUUAUUUAUUGUAACUUGGUGCUCAUGUAUUCAUUUAUUCCUGUCAAUUAAAACUCAUAUUUGAUGUUUGUUUCAACUAACAGAAAUUUAUGCAAAAACUGCAUUUCAAUAAAUCAAAAUAG